AUGGUCGAAAUGGAGGCUCCUCACUCUUCUUCAGAUUGCGACAGCACGGGUGUGUGGCAGGAGUUGCCUGAGGAGUCCUACGAGAGGGUCUUUGCCCUCGCAAGAGCGUAUCGGCAGCGAUUGGAGGUGGUGGACCACGAACCUAGGCCUGUCCAUUUUGGAGAAGUUGUUCACUCCCUCCUGAAUAACGAGGUGACGCGGCGGCGCAGCCUUGAAAAAGAGGAGCAAAAUGCAAUGAACAUAAUCAUGAAACGAUGGACACAACGCUUCCCUCCAUUUGCUGCGGAGUUACGCACUAUCCAAGUGGCCGAGCUAAAAACGGCUGAAAUGGCCAAGGAGCGAAUCCUCCUUGAGAGGCAACUGUAUCGUGAGCAAUUCCUGGAUUUCUGGCAGAAAGAAAAGAGAGAACAACUACAACGCCAACCCGCUCACGUUGACAAGUUUCUUAUGGAUGCAUACAAGCAUAAUGUGCUUCCCUUCGCCGCCGAUCCGGUUGACUGCUGGGAAAUGGGUAUCGUCGUCCCCCCUGAGCUUCAGCAAACGGUGGUGCUCUCUGAUAGUAAGGGGAGCGUUUCGCUGCCUGCGUUUCAUGAGUUAUCCAUGAGGCUUCGAGCGGCCUACCACCAGUAUCGAGUUCAACAAGGCGGUGCUUCGUUUGUGAAGGGAACUGCCACCCAUGACUCGUGA